AUGGACAGAAAAAAGCCCAAGGCACCACCAUCUUCAUAUUUAAUUUUCUGUAAUUACGAGAGGGAAAAUGCAAAGAAUACUUUAUUACAAAAAUGUGACAAGGAAACAAUUCGAAUAACUGAUAUACAAAAAGAAUUAAGUAACAAAUGGAAAAAUCUUCCAGAAGAUGAGAGAAAGAAAUAUGAGGAACAAGCACAAAUAUUGAAAUUAAAAUAUAACGAAGAAUUAUUAGAAUGGAAAAAUCAUUCAAAUGAAAAUAUAUCAGGAGACUUGGUUAUAAACCAUACAGCCAAAUUUCCUGUGAUGAAAAUACAAAAAAUUAUGCAAUUAAAUAGAAACGUAAAAAAGGUUAAUAAUGAAGCUAUUAAUAUAUUUCAAAAAGCAGUGAUGAUGUUUUUAAUAGAACUGGUGAACAAAACAAUCGAAUUUAAGGAUGAAAAAAACACAGCUAGAAAUAUAACUUCAUUUGACAUAUUGUCAUGUAUACAGAGGGAAGGAAUUAAAUAUAAAUUUUUAGAAGAUUGUAUAUAUUUAUUAAAAGAAGAAAGAGGACAGACCUUUUUCGACGAAGAGGAUAUACAGGAAGAAACAUUAUUCGAUUUAUGUGAAGAAGAUAAGAAGGAAUACAAUUAUGAUGUUGAAGAAAAGAAAAUAAGUAAACUCAAAAAAAAAGUACAAGGAAGUAAUAAGAUAAAAGAUAAAGCUGGAAUAAAUAAAAACAUAUAUGCUGAUAUUACAACAUUUUUUAAAAAAAUAUAA